AUGCCAUUCAGCAGUGGCACCGCCCUGAAUUCGAACUCUGUGGUGUGAAGAGGGUGUGUGCCCUCGGUAAAAUCCGCAGAACUGCGUCGACUUGCGAGCUUGAAAAUAUUUUUACGGGGCAAGAUAUCAGAUUACCGCCAGGUGUCGCAGGCUUGGAAAAACUAAAGUAAAUAUUGCAGUCAAAUAGGCCUAAAGCUGGUCUAAUGAAUUUAUCUUUACAAAGUGUAAAUUUUCAGUCCCCUUUUCUGUUUUAUUUGCCGGUAAGCUUUGUUUUGAAGUUUACAAGUUUUAUUGCACUUACUCUCCGUUUCUUUCGUGACCUUUUGCGUUCUCUUUCUCGUGGCGGCGGUGACACCCCCUCUCAAAAGCGCUACAAAAUGCGGUUGUUAGAUCAUUUGGUCUGUAUUAUGGCUCAAUUCCACCCCCGUUACUCGAUUCCUUAGCUCAUUUUCGUGUGCUUGGUUUGUUGGCGUUACUUAUCGUUUUUGCAGUAUGGCUCUAGUUACACAUCUCCCUAAAACGGCGAUGUAUUUCUCUGAAGAUGUUCACAACAACAGUAUAGUGGAGACCCUAAAAAUGCAACAGGAAAGUGGUAGGUUCUGUGAUAUUGUGAUCCACGUUCACGGCCGUAAGUUCCCGGCCCAUCGCAACGUUUUGGCAGCCUGCAGUCCUUAUUUCGACUCCAUCCUCAAGAUGCAGAGGGUCGUGCAAGAACACCUCACCGUCACCUGCCAGAAUCACGCAGCAUUUCAAGCCCUUCUGCAGUACAUCUACACGGGCAACGUCUCAAUACACCGCGGCAUUAUAGCGGAGCUGCUUCAACUGGCAAACCAUUUCUUAAUCUUCAAGCUGAAGAACUACUGUGCCGAGUAUUUGAACCGACAUCUUAACCUUUCAAACUGUUUAAUGAUAAGAGAAGUGGCUGACAAGUACAACACGCCUCAACUUUCAAAUUGUGUGGCAACAUUUAUCCGUGAGCACGCUGACGAAGUGUUAGAGGACAGUCGUCUGCUACUUUAUCCGUUGAACAAGAUAGCCUGCUUCCUUGCAGACGACAAGCUGGGGCUUCCGAAAGGGUUCCCAACGCUGAGGUUGGUGACGCGUUGGGUGUCGCACGACGCGGAAGAGCGUGAGGGCGAGUUCCGUUACCUGCUGACCUUUGUCGUCUGGGGGGACGUGCAGACAGACCUGCUUCACGAGCACAUGCAGGAAGAGCCGUUGUUUACGGAGAAUCGCCGGUGUCUCUAUUUCUUUCUCGACACCAUGGAGGAGAACUCUGUCCCGAUGAACUCUUCUACUAAGUCCUUGUACGAGCAGCUAAAGCGCGAGUUUACUUUUAGUGACAUUGACAGUGAAACCUUUAUGGAUCAUGCCAUAUCUGCAGCUAUCAGGGGCAUCCAGGAAGCCGCCAUGUCGGCUAAGGCAGAGAGCCAAGAGACGGAUGCCAGAAGCGGCAACCACGGGCGACACAUGGAGGAGGUCGACUCGGAGACCUUGUCCACGGACUACGGGGACGACUCGCUUCAGGGAGGAAUUGGGGAUGAAAGUUCUUGCUCUGACCUGGAGCUAACACACGACGAUGGAGGUGAAACUAACGGUAAGCUCCACGCCCUUCUCAGCAAAGAUCCGUACGAAGCCGCGGACGACCUCGCCGCCUACGGCGACAGCAACAUCACCGUCGAGCUCUCCUCCGAGGGCUCCUCCGCCGACCGCAUCACCGCCUCCCAGUGGAAAGAAGGCGUCAAGUGCCCGCACUGCAGCUACGUGGGCUACGGCGCCACGCGCCUGGAACAGCACGUCGCUCGAGCUCACGCGAAGGACAUCACCUACAAGUGCGGUCUCUGCGGCUUCACGUGCAAGUGGAACCGAGAGUACUACACCCACAUGAAGAACCACCUGGGGGGCAGCGGCGGGGUUCCGCCGUACCGGUGCGACGUGUGCUCUUACAAGUGCGACCGCAUCCAACUGGUCCUCCUCCAUCGGAUGAAGCAUACGGACGAGAAGCCGUACAGUUGCGGCACGUGCGACUACCGCUGUCGACAGAGGACGAACCUGGUGGCGCACAUGCGCAGCCACACGGGCGAGCGACCCUUCCGGUGCGAGCACUGCGGUCGGGCCUUCGCGCUCAAGUGCACGCUGGAACAACAUCUCCAGAGCCACCGAGAGGACCGUCCCUACCUGUGUGACGUGUGCGGUUUUACGGCCAAGUACCAGUCGCACCUCAUUUCGCACAGGCGUCUGCACACGGGAAACGUGUACCGGUGCCAGUUCGCGGGCUGCACGUAUGUGUCUCCGAAGAAGAGCCAGCUCGAGGCGCACACUCGGACUCACACCGCGGUGAGGUCCCACGUCUGUGCCGUGUGCGGACGGGCGUUCAUCGAGCGGAGUCACUUGGUGAGGCACGAACGGAUUCAUCUCGACGAUAAACCGUUUAAGUGUCCAGAGUGCGACUACAGCAGUACCCGCAGAGACAAGCUCAAGGAGCACCAGCAGAAGCACCACGGCGAGAACGCGACGGCCAAAGGUCCGUACCGGCCCCGCCGGGCGCCUCGUUCCACACCGGUCAGUUUGCAGAGGCCCUACGAAGAAGUCGUAGACUCUUCCGCCCUGCAGGCUCCAGGGAACCAGCAGCGCUACUUGGUGGUUCCGGCGGAGGCCACCGGGAUGAGCCUCUCGCACCUCCAGCAGCCCGUGGACCUGCAGGACGACGGAAACAUUGUGUACGUGGAGGCGGAACACUUGGUGGGCAGUCACAUGAUCUCGUCGCCGGCCGACCUGGGAGUGGAGGACGGUAUGCAGCAGUCUCUCUCGGCCGCUGUUGUUUCGAACCAGAAUUCUGUGGUUCCGACGGCGGCGGAUUUGAAUGGGUUGAACUCUUUCAUGGCAUUUUUCUAGUGGGCUGCGUGAGGUUCUUCUCUCAUGCUACGAACAAAAAUCUAUUUAAAAAAAAAGCUUCUACACUCAUUUUGUAUACAGACGUCCAUGUGCAGUUGUUGUAAGUUCUUGUAUCAAGGAUUUCAGUGUCAUGCAGUGUACCAUUGAAAUGGGAUGAGACUAAUGCUCCUACUAUACCAGCAGUCUUUGCACCUUUUGGUAAUUGUUGAGUAUCUAAAGAGAUUGAAACAUUCAAAUAAUUUAUUUUACUAAAAAAAACAAGCUUUCGGACGGAGUCCAUGCUUCAUAUCGCACCUGAUGGACGGACUCCAUCCGAAAGCUCGUUUUGUUUAGUAAAAUAAAUAAUGAUCUUAUCCACUCGCGACUGCUAGGCUUUCCCCAUUUUUGUCUUACGGUCUUUAAACUAGGACUCUGCUUAAAAUUCUGUUUGCAAGAUUGUGGUACCUGGUCUACUGUGGUACCUUUGUUGAGGUUAAGAACAUCAGCAACUUCACGUCAGAGACACAGUGCGUUCAGUGGUUUAUCUAGAAUCCCAAGCACGGAGAGGUGUUGGAAAAAAAUUGGGGGAGGGGGGGGGGUCAUUAUUAUAGUUACGUCAUUACAGCUUAAUAUAUCAUUACCGGCAUGUGUCUAAAGCUGGAAUCGCAAGGGCAACCCCCUGUAGGGGGUACACAGGUGGAAAAGCUUGGGGGAUGUCACUGAACAUUUGUGGGGGGGGGGGGGGGGGCCUGGAUAAAUCACUGAGCGCAUUGAAAAUAGGACUGCUGUCUUUGCCUUUCACUGCAACAGUCACAAUGUGUAUGCUUCUCUAUGCUGCAUGAAUGAAUUCUAGAAUGAGCAACCAAUACUCAGAACGUAAAAUUCAUUUCAAGACGUUCUCGGAGCUGUAUCCCGAAGAAAACUUUUAUCUUCAGCUUGUUUACGCCAAAUAUGUUUGGACGAAAUGUGUCAGGCCAUUUACAAGACUCUGAACAAGUUCCUCUUUAGUACUUAUUGAAACUUUGAGGCAUCACUGACGCGGAUUACAUAAUGCGAUUGACACACCAUCAUAUAUCAUCACAUUUAGGGUCAGACUUCCUCGGGUUAAACCCAAUUUCUCCAGAUCGUUCCCUCCCGCAUUUAGUAUCAAAUUGUACGCAUAUCCGGUGUAAAUAUUAUUUGAGUGCAACAAUAAACUGUGCCAGGCACAACUGAUGUUGCAACAUACAGUGCUUAUUGCAGCGAGGCAUGCAUGCUUGACCAGUUAUGUGCUUCAACAGCAGGCUGCUUGCUGGACAGAAAGAAAAAAGAAAAAAACUGAUGACACCAGAUUUUAAACAAAUUAGAUUUUAAAAUACCUCCUGGAUAUGUCCUCGAAAUCUGAGCAACACAUUUAACCGGACAACAUCCAUACGUAUAUUAUGGAAUGCAUUUCCUCAGCCUCUACCUGCCCCUGACAACACUCAGAUAGCUGAAAGCAUCAAGUUUCUUCAUAAAUGACCACACAGCAGUGUAAAAAGGCAACAUGGCAAUCUUCCUGCGGAUCAUAAUGGAAAUCGAGACUUCUGAAGACGUACCGAAAAUUAUGCUCUAAAGAAUGCAAUCAUUAGGCUUAGACACUAUACAAGGUUACUUUUAUGGUUCUAAUAAUCUGCAUGGCGGGAGAUUCAAGGAAUAUUUCACAGGGCCUUAAUUUGGCAAUGCAUGUUCUGUGCAGUUAGGCACCACUGGGCUCCCCAGAAUUCUGGAAGUCUGAGGCCUAGCCAGGAUGCUUCUGGGAUUCACACUUGAACGAAUUAAUGUGCAAUUGACGUUCAGUGGUGUAAAUAUUGCCAAAAUGUGCUAAAUGCGAGUUAAAAUAGACGUACAAUAAAUCACAUUCGGUUGUAUGAAACUCGUUCACUAUUUCCUAUUUCUCUGCGCUUUAUUCUCAUUGGCACCAGUACUUUACGAAAUUCCCUGGAAGCGAUUGUAUAAAUUCACAAAAAUUGGUACUCUUACAGUGGAGUCACUAACUAAGCAUGAGGAAGCCUAAAUGGCUAACUGCCAGCAUUAUCAACAAGGAACUGUGCGAUUUGUUUGCACUAAAUAACAUUGCCUGUCACAUUCCUGUAGCUCACUUGUACAUACAUGUAAGACUAAAUGCAGCAUUUACACUGAAAUACAAAAUUUUCCAGGAAUGCACCCAAAAUCACACAGGGAAAUUUAAAUAGAGAUGCAUAGUUUUGUACAGGCAAAACUGACACAGCAGCAGAGGCUAUGUAACACUGCUGCAUUUUACGGUGUAUGUUGACCCUUGCUCUGAGCUACCUCGACGUUCCUCCAUUUGAGUGUGUCCCAGAUUUGUGUACAAUGAAUCUUCCUGCACAGGCAUGCUGUAUGGUACUAUGCUGAGCAGCAUAAAGUAUGAAUUCUGUGAAUUCUUUACACUUCAUAUGAUGUCACAACCUCGCAUACAGUGGUAACUGUGAUGGUAUGCUUUUUGUAAGAAUUACAAAACAAUUACAGUACACUGCUGAAAUUGUAUGAAGGAGAAAAGCACUUCGAAUAGAAUUUUACUGUACACACACAAACAAAAAGGAAGUUGCCAGAGGGUACAUCAAUUUUCGUGUCAAUUUUGUGCUUGUUCGUGAAUUUUGGAAAACAGAAGUGAAAUUCUUGUCAAGAGCUCAUCUGAUUUGGUAUAUAAUAGCAAAUGUGCUAGUCUACACUUUUAAUCGGUGAAUAAAAUAUAUUUGUGGUAAAGCAGCCCCACACCAUGAUAUAAA